CAUGGAGGAGCUGAGCAGCGUGGGCGAACAGGUCUUCGCCGCCGAGUGCAUCCUGAGCAAGCGGCUCCGCAAGGGCAAGCUUGAGUACCUGGUCAAGUGGCGCGGCUGGUCCUCCAAGCAUAACAGCUGGGAGCCAGAGGAGAACAUUCUGGACCCGAGGCUGCUCCUGGCCUUUCAGAAGAAGUGAGAAAGUUAACAGCGCAUGCAGGAGAGGGGCUUUGUGGGGAAGGUGGACCCCUCCAGGAUCCUUGGGCUGGAGUGGGAACACGAGAAGGAGGUACAGAAUCGGAAGAAAGGCAAGAGACCCAGGGGCAGGCCAAGGAAACACACAGUGAUGUCGUCCUGCAGCCGGCGCUCCAAGCUCAAGGAAUCCGACGCACCCUCCAAAUCCAAAUCCAGCAGUUCCUCUUCUUCUUCCACGUCGUCCUCCUCCUCCUCAGAUGAAGAGGAUGACAGUGACUUAGAUGCUAAGAGGGGCCCCCGAGGCCGAGAGACCCACCCAGUGCCUCAGAAGAAGGCUCAGAUCCUGGUGGCCAAGCCUGAGCUGAAGGAUCCCAUCCGUAAGAAGCGAGGACGCAAGCCUCUGCCCCCGGAGCAGAAGGCCGCCCGCAGACCUGUGAGCCUGGCCAAGGUGCUGAAGACGGCUCGCAAGGACUUGGGAGUCCCGGCCAGCAAGUUUCCCCCUCCACUCAGUGCACCUGUGGCAGGCCUAGCAGCCCUGAAGGCCCAUGCUAAGGAGACCUGCAGCGGCCCUAGCACCAUGGCCCCCCCAGAGAACCUGGCCAGCCUGAUGAAGGGAAUGGCGGGCAGCCCCAGCCGCGGCGGCAUCAGCUGGCAGAGCUCCAUUGUGCACUACAUGAACCGCAUGAGUCAGGGCCAGGCCCAGGCCGCCAGCAGAUUGGCACUCAAGGCCCAGACCACUGGCAAGUGUGGGCUCGGGCUGGACCUGAAGGUGAGGACGCAGAAAGGGGAGCUGGGGGUGAGCCCCCAAGGAAGCAAAGUCCCAAAGGUCCCUGGGAGCGCUGGAGCUGUCGAGCAGAAAGGGGGCGGCGCAGUAGGGGGGGGCCAUACCCAUGGCAGUGGCAAAGUCCCCACCGGCUGCCCUGGUUCCCAGACACCGCCCACCCAGGAGCUGAGUCUACAAGUCUUGGAUUUACAGAGUGUCAAGAAUGGCAUGCCUGGGGUGGGUCUGCUUGCCCGCCAUGCCCCAGCCACCAAGGCUAUCCCUGUCACCACCCCAGCUACAGGGAAGGGCACUGGGGGUGGCCACACUGGGGCAAGCGGGGCCAGUGUGCCCGUAGACGUGGGCAAAGGUGAGAAGGUCUCUAGGGCGGCAGCUCUGCCCACGCCUUCCAGCAAGAGGGAGAACACCAAGAGCAGUGCAGCCUCCAGUGGGCCGGAGGGCCACACGGCCUCGGGGGAUGCUCGGAAGACGGCCGCCCUCUCAGAGAUGAGCACAGGUGAGGAGAACAGCACUUCGGACUCAGACCCCGACUCGUCUUCCAUGCCAGGGGCUAGACAGAGUCUGUCAGUUUCUAUCCAGACCAGCCAGGACUGGAAGCCCACCCGCAGCCUCAUCGAGCACGUUUUUGUCACUGAUGUCACAGCCAACCUCAUCACAGUCACUGUGAAAGAGUCCCCAACCAGCGUGGGCUUCUUCAGCCUGAGACAUUACUGAGACCUCUGCCAUCCUGGCCCCCCAGGUCUGCCUGCCUUCCUGUCUGGUUUUUCUCUGACACAUGACACAUAGCCCAGCCCUGAGAGGGCUGGGAUGGGAGUGAGGUCUCCUUGGUAGGCAGGCUUGUUCUCACUCUGCCUUGUCCUAAGGACUUGGUAACAAACUGUCCUCUUGACUUGCUGGGGCCUGGCUUCCCCACUACCCUACCUCUCCAGGCCCCCGCCUCAGCCCAUGUCUCCUCGGGACCCCUGGUGGCCCAUGCCUCAAGCCCCCAGCUCAGCAUGCGCCUGAGCCUCCUACCUGGCUCCAGGGAGACCAGGGCAGUGUCAGAGGUGCUUCUCAUACAGCUGUUUCUCCCAAGGACUGGGGAGAAAAAAGGGAACUCUGCUGUUCCCUCUUCUUGGCAACACUUUCUAGAAAGUAGAGUGGGACAGGCAGGACCCUCCUUUAUAGUGGUGCCUGAGCCUUUGAUGAUAAAGUAGGGAUCCCGGCCCUUGGGCCUAAAGUAAAAGGACAGGUCCAGCACACAAGGUCUCGACCCAGCCCUGGUUCAGAGUAACAUCUCCAGCCUUCAGGUAUUUGCCUGAGAAAGUCCAGCUAACCUGGUGUACCCCAGGGCCCUCUAGGUUCAGGAGCAAGGCAAUCUGGUCAUGGCUGCCUCUUUACCAACCUGUACCCCAGUGGCAGGUGACCCUAGGCUUCCUAGAGUGCAUCCUAGUUCCAAGUCUAAAGCCCUAGACUUGGGGUAGAAAAUCAGGGAGUGGAGGAACUCGGUUGUGAGGUGGCCUUGGCAUGUGAGCCUCUGUCAAGCUGGAAUUUAUCUUCUGAUGACAAGGACCAACCUAGCUCUUGCAUUACCCAAAACUGUCCCCACCAGCCACCAAAGGACUAGCAGGCAUUUUGUUGCUUGGGAGCUGCUUUCCCUGACAAUCCCCCCACACCUUUGGGGGUUCUGCGCCUUCCCAACUGAGAAGAGGCGGCUCCAUACCAUUUGAGGUUGGGCAGCCAAGGAUUAAGGUCUUUAAGCCUUGGCCCCUGUGCCCUGUUCACCCCCUUCUGGGGAGACUCAAGAUUUUGAGUCCUUUUUCACCUCUGUCCCACGUCAAAGUAAUUGCACCGGUCCUGAGACUAUUGGGCAGAGGUGACCAGGAGGUGGCAACCACUCCGGUCAAUAAAUGUAAUGCCAAAAAGAAGUUGGAGGUGAGGGGUAUCCCAAGCUGCUUCCCUUGGGCACUGCACAGAUGUGGGAUUCUUAACUCUGGGUGCCUUUGAGGGAUUUGCUGCCCUUUCUAAAACUGGCCCCAACUGAGGGCAUCUGGCUUUCGGGGACCUCCCAGGCUGCAGGGAAGAGAAGACCUUUGUGUACCCAAAUUGACCUCAGUAGUGUGCCUUCGGGGACAACCCAUGUCCACAACUACCCGAGGGACCCUCAGAUAGCAGCCUCAGUGCCCACAGCAGGAAGCUGAGGAAGGACUGCUGUGCUGCUCUGGGACCCCUCACUGCCACCUCCCUGAGGGUCCAACAGCUUCCCCUACCAGGCACUGUGCAGCCUUAGGAGCUCCUCUAAGCCCUUUGUGGGGUGCCAUGAGCUGUUGAAGUGGGGUGUGCAGCUGCCCAGCUUUGUCCCCAGCUGCCAGUUCUCUCCAAACCCAAUUUGGUGCCUUUUUUACCAGCUACGUCAAUCCCAAAGUUUGAGUGGCCACCUUACUCCUAGCCACUUUGCCUUGUUGCUGUGCUGUGUGUGCUGGCACUGUGACCCCGGCAGUUCGUGUUGAGGAUGUGUGUGCCAGUGCAAGGGGCUGCAGAAGAUGCUGGUUAGCCGUCUCAUGUUUACCAACAAAUAAAAGUAGUCCUGUUUGUAUUUUUAUUUGCUGCUAUUUGGUGUGUGUGGGUAUGUGUAUAGCUAGGCCUUAGCCUUACUUCCUACUAAGAUCUCUUGUUCAUUUGUUGCCUGAGGGUCCUGGGUGAGCUGUACCACAGUGUUUGUGUCCUGAGUGAGUGGGUGUUGUAACCUCCAGUUUUUGUUUGCUUCUGUGUUGAGUGGGAAGAAGUGGCUAGUCUGACCUCUUCCAUAGAGGGUUUGGCUUCUUUUUGUAUUUUUGGUACCAAAAAGAGUGUUCCAUGCUUGGGUUACACUCCAAAGUCUGACCCGACUAAAGAGCACUCCAGAUCUGAGGUUUCAUCCAGAAAACUCGGGGGAGAACCAGUGCCAAUCACUGGCUUGAUUUGUGUUUUUUAAUUAAAAACAAAAAGCCAAAUCAUUCGUGUAUGCCAUUUUCAACUGCUUUAAAUUAUUCCUGUUUGUUCGCUUUCUUAAGAGCGAGUUUGGGUAUGUUUCUGCCCUGGGAAAACUUGGGCUCUUUGUUAAAACAGGACAGCAGCCUAGCCCCCUAUUUUUGAUGGAGACCAGCCGGGUCAAGGAAGUUCCUUCCCCCAGGAAGCCCACAGUGGUUUGGGGGAAGAGGCUGUAGUAGGAGAAAGGUGGCACCUGGAUGACCAGAUUUUUACCCAAGUGCAUUUGGUAAUUCUGAGGUAUUGUAGUAUUUUCAGAAAACUAACACUAGCAUAGGUUGCAGGGGUUUUUUAUAGACUUAUGCUAAUUUAUUUUGAAGGAGGAAGACCAUAAAUGUCAGAAGACUUGUCCUUUUUGUUAACUAUUAGUAUACCAAUAAAUAUUUUUGUAAACCUUUCAA